CUACAUUGCCCGGCAGCCCACGGCCCGCGGGAAGUGGCGUCCGGCCGCAUCCGGGAGCGCGGAUCCGCCGGAGCGUGUUCCCUGCGCGGUGCGGCGCUUGCGGUGCGGCCAUGGCGGACUCCACGCAGAACGGGCCCAUGCCAGGCGGGGCCGGCGGCGGAGCCGUGCAAUUUCUGAUGGCUAACAAGUUGGAUACAGCAAUGUGGAUUUCCCGCUUGUUCACAGUUUACUGCUCAGCUUUAUUUGUCCUGCCUCUACUAGGGUUGCAUGAAGCAGCAAGCUUUUAUCAGCGUGCCUUGCUGGCAAAUGCUCUUACCAGUGCCCUCCGACUACACCAAAGGCUACCGCACUUCCAGCUUAGCAGGGUGUUUCUGGCCCAGGCCUUGCUGGAGGACAGCUGCCAUUACCUGUUGUACUCCCUUAUCUUUGUGAAUUCCUACCCUGUUACAAUGAGUAUUUUUCCAGUUCUGCUGUUCUCUUUGCUUCAUGCUGCCACAUACACAAAGAAGGUUCUUGAUGCACGAAGUUCGAAUAGUUUGCCCUUUUUGAGAAAUCUCUUAGAGAAACUGAAUGCUAAUCAACAGAAUAUUCUAAAAUUCAUUGCUUGCAAUGAAAUUUUCCUGAUGCCAGCUACAGUUUUUAUGCUCUUCAGUGGACAAGGGAGUCUGCUCCAGCCAUUCAUUUACUAUAGAUUUCUUACACUACGCUACUCUUCUCGGCGAAACCCGUACUGUCGGAUUCUCUUCACCGAGCUCAGGAUCGUUGUUGAACACUUAAUAACGAAGCCUUCGUGCCCUGUUUUUGUAAGAAGACUAUGCCUCAGUGGCAUUUCCUUUAUAAGCAGAUUGGCACCAACUGUUGCAUAGCCAAAUUCAGGCACUCGUGUUUUGUGAACAUUAUGAGCAGCUGGCACUUCUGCUGAUGAUUGGAAAUUCCUGGUUUUACACUGAUCUCACUCCAGGCUGUAUAAAAAUACAUAUAUGCUUUUCUUGGAGAUAUAUGAAAUUUAGCAUAUCAAAAACAAACAAUAGAAACUUAAAUUAACCGUGCUGUAUUGUUAAUUGAUGAGAAAAGUAGCUACAUCCUACCUAAAAUGUGCCCCAUCAUACAAAUUUGUUGUUUUGUUUUGUUUAUUUAAAUCAAGGAUUGUUUGAGAUUGAUUGCAACUUUUAUUAUAAGAGGUCUGUGCUCAGUAGGUUUAUGUUAGUUGGAACUAUAGUUACUUUAGGGUGUCUCCAGUGGAUAGCAGUUGAUACACAUACCUAUGCAGUACACUUGGACAGUAUUCUUCUGCUUACUAAAUGUAUCUGUAGAACUGUUUUGUCCAGUUUACUCAGUGUAGAAAUACAGCCCACUUUGAAAUUAACACAAGGGAUUAAACUCUAUCAAGCUAACAGAGGUAACACUCCUUUCUGAAGGAGAGGCUAUUUUUAUUAAUAAUACUUAAAAAGAACUCUCCUAUGUUUCUACCUUGUGAUAUGAUCUUACAUUACACUGUUGGAAGAAAUACCAAGACUGAUCACAGAAAAUGCUGUGCAGUUUUCUUGUCAUAACGAGUUGUUUUACCAAGCCAAACUGCUGACCUGUAGGAUUUUCAGACAAAGAUGCAAUGCUUAAACUUUUAACCAUGUCUCAAAUGAACUAAUCAAUGUUAUUGAAGUAACUUUUGCAAAGUCAGUGCAGAUUUGUUCUUGUGUCCACAGAAAUGUGAGACUGCAGUAAUUUAAGCAUGUUAGCUUUUUAGAAAAUUAAUCUGUAGGUAUCUCUGUAUAAAUUGUUAUUCCAGUUUCUGAGGCCCUCAUUGUGAUAGGAAAUUGCAUAAAGAAUCACACCUGUUUAGGCAGCUUCUGAAACAAAUGGGUGUAGUAUUUCUUGGCAUAAAUCCAUCUGAUGACUGAUCUGAAGCCAGUGUCAUGGCUACAGAAGUGAAUAUUAAAUUAAGUGCAUAAAUUAAUUACACUGAUAAUGCAUUUACCCAGCAGCUGAAGGGUAGGUCAUGGAAAAAUAAUGCUAUCUCUCUGAACACAACUUUUUUCCAGAAACUCAAGGCAAAAUAUUAGCCGAAUUUUCUGUAGUUAAUGCUAGUAUUCUAAUUGCAUAAAGUUAAAGAGCUCUCAUUGGCCUUUUGUAAACUUCUGUAGCACUGAAUUUAACUAUUGUUCCAUGGUCAGAGAAACUUUAUGAGAAAAUCUUUCAAAAAUAGUCUUGAAGCAAAGUAUUUUCCUGUAACUAUUGAGUUAUCUUGUUUGUGAUAUGGUUAUCAUUCCAGCAUUCCAGUUGUAUUAGUUUUUAGAUCAGAGCCAUGUAUUUAUAAACUUAUUUCAUUUUUUUGCUCAACCUCUUGGUACUGAUGAACUAGUUGGUAAUUGAAUAUGAUAUUCUUUGACUACUUGUCUUGCUCUCUGAACAUGAUUAGCUAUUUAUAGAAUACUUGCACACUGCAGAAGCAACUGCAUGCAGUUAAUGCUCUACAGCUGCUAAAGACUUGCAAUGAGAUUGAUUAUAUGUGUAUAUCCUGUAAUUUGAGGAUUUUAUAAAAACUAAAAUUUCUACUACAAUAAAAAGAGUGUUAAAUGUAACUUGCUAGGCUCUUCAGGCUCAUUUUCUCUCUUUAACACAACUUACUGAUGCUUGAACUUGGAAGUUGAGCAGAAUGCUGUCCUGUGUGUAUGCGUACAUGUUCUUAUAUUCCCACUGCUGGUUCUGAAUUGGGAUAUAUAAUGCCUUGUGCAUUUCUAAAUUAUUUGAUAGGGAAUUUUUGCCUUCUAAAGUGCAAAAAUUUAUGGCCCUUUUCUUCAAAAUCUGACCCAAGCAUAAGCACUACAACAGUAAUAUCUAAUCAGAGAAAAAAACCUAGACCUACUUAUUACUGUUUCAGGUCCUCAGCAUGAUUCUAGACCGUCUGUCAUGUUGUAUGAUGUGUUUUUUGAAUGGUAACAUCAGGUUCUCUUCAGCUGUUUGCACCACUGCAAUUUAAAAAUUAAUUUGGUCAUCUAAGCUGAUCCCUCAUACUGGGAGUGGAAGGCAAAUAAAUCUAAUUAAUGUAAGCAAAACAAGAUGUUACUUCUGAGCAAAUUUUUGUGGUCUACUGUUAUGGGUGCAUUCUACUGUUCCUUAAUUGUAUGAUGUUACAAAAUUAGAGAUGAGUCUGAACUGGAUCCAGGGUAAUGCAGCUCUAACUGAAGGAUGCUAAGUAGAGAUCCAACUCAAUGAAUGCAGGAGGAGGAUUAAAAGGACUAAGUGAAUGACAGUGCUGUGAGUAAAGAGUUGGAAGACAGUGCUAUGAAGUAGAAUUUAGAUGUGGAUACUAAAUUUAUCUCUUUCUAUUAAGUCUUGAAAAUGGACCAAGAGGAGGGAAUUUCAUAAAAGGGAUUUGAUUUGGUUUGGCCAGUAGCAUACUCUUGGCUUUGCUUGACAAAUUAGCAGCUUGUGGCCUGGUAAAACUUAUUUCUCUGAUGUGCUGAGAAAACAUGGAACAAUGUUGUAAGAAUAAUGUUCAAGCCAAUCAACAGGGCAACUGACCUGUGCUCUGCAUCAACUUUGAUUUUUACUGGAGCCUUUCAGCUGCCUAAGUGAUAACACUGAGUUUCCUCAAUGCUGGCAAAAACAUUCUAUCCUUGAGCCUGCUUCCUCACCGCAGUUUGUGACUGUUUCUAUUCUAAUGAUUAAAUUAAAUGUAAAAUGCUUGUUGUAUCCUGAUAGUUUGAGUUUGUUUUUUUUUGGUGACGAGAGCUCUAUGUUCAUGCUGCUAUGCUGUCAACAGCUAGCUGUGAUGCAGAGGCUGUGACAGAAGUCUGUGAUUGUAGAGAAAUUUUGCAACUGACCAUAAAGUGCCUGCCAAUCCCAAAAUGAAGCAGAAGAAUUUUUGUAUUACUGAAAGGUUUCCUACUUAAUGUGAUAACUGUUUCCACUGGUAUAAAUCACACUGCUCAUUGCUUUUUGUCGUCUUAGCUUUCAUAAGUUAAGUGCUGUACCAACCCCUUGCUCUGUGCAAGCUUUUCUGAAGAAGUGGUGCUCCAGUUUAACACUUGUCUGUUUUCAUCUGUAGAUAAAGUAUCAGGAGCCAUUGGGUCUGUUUGAACAGCUAGUGCUGGUUAGGAUUUCUUACACGCAAAGUAACUCACCAAUACAUCCAUCCUCUCCUUUAUUAUACAUAUAUUGUCAUUUCCGUGCUGUCAGUUUUAUGUUUUGCUCCCUUCUUUGGUGGGUGUUUAAGUGGAGCAAUAUUUGUUAAUGUUGUAAGGAUUUAAAUAAAAAUUAUUAUAAUUAUGA